AUGAUUCGCGCAUUGGUGAUUCUUUUGGCACUUUUCGCUUUCACAUCUGCUCAGUGGGGAUAUGGACCAAUGAUGGGAGGCUACGGACCUGGUAUGAUGGGAGGAUAUGGACCUGGAAUGAUGGGAGGUUACGGCCCUGGAAUGUAUGGUCCAAUGAUGGGAGGAUAUGGUCCUGGAAUGUACGGUGGAUAUGGAAUGGGAAUGUAUCGUCCAGGUCUUCUCGGAAUGCUUCUUAGAUGA